AUGAGCUUAGUUUUAGGCAAAUGCUUAAUAAUUUGCUGGAGUGAAUCUCUAGAAAUCCAUCAAGGAUCUGUGUUUACACUGAAAGUUCAAGUAAACGACAUCAUCAGUCAUCAGUACCUGCAACAGGCAACUGUAGAGGUGUUUGUUAAUUAUACGAAGACAAAUUCUACUCUUACUGGAAGCAAUGGAGCAGUAUUAAUAACAGUUCCAUAUAAAUUAGGAUUAAGUUUAACUAUUGCUUCAUACAAAGAUGGCUACCUGUUAACACCUUUGCCUUGGAAGACUGGGAAAAUGCCAAUAUACUCGUCUGUGACGCUUUCCCUGUUUCCACAAAGUCCAGCUAAUAUAUGGCUGUUUGAAGAUACUGUUUUAAUUACUGGAAAAUUUUCUGAUGCCAAAUCUCAACCAAGUGUUCAGUUUGCAAAGUUUUUAAUAAAACUUCCAACAGAUUACCAUUUUACAAAUGUUACAGCCUAUCUGACAGUGCCAGAGCAAUUUUUAAAAGUGGAUGGCUUUUUCUACACAACAGGAAUUCUUCUAAACAAAUCAGGUUUCAGAAGCAUUGAACUGACACCUCUUGCUGCAAUAUGUGUAAAUGUUCUUUUGGCUGGGAAAGAACUGAAAGUCAAUGGUCCUAUUCAUAUUACACUUCCUCUUCCUGCAAGUAGUGUAAAAUUAGGAGAAGCUAUUCCUGCAUGGACAUUUGAUAUGAAAACUGGUGCUUGGGUUAACCGGGGACUGGGAAUGGUAAAAGAAGCAAAUCAUCAAUUAGUAUGGACCUAUGUUGCCCCACACUUGGGCUACUGGAUAGCAGCUCCACUGCCUGGAACAAGAGAAUCUAUUAUUAGUGCGGUUUCCAAGGACAUAACAGCCUAUCACACAGUGUUCCUUACAGCCAUUUUGGGAGGUACUGUUGUCAUUAUCAUUGGAUUUUUUGCUGUUCUUCUUUGUUACUGCCGGGACAAAUGUGGUCACACACAAAAGAAGGAAAAAAAUACAACCAGGCUGGAGAUCAUGAAAAAAGAUCAGACGACAUCAACAACUCUCAUAAAUCAUGCSAGUCUUGUCAAGGGGUCUGUAAAACUAGAGGAUAAGUCACAAUUAUAUGCRCCGAAGAUUUCUUCCUACAGCCCUCAAAGACAGACAUCUGCAGAAACAGAAGAUGGAAAAUCACGGGACAAUUUUAAAAUCUACACAGAGGAUUCUUCUUAUCAGUCAACUCGCCAGACUGGUCAGACAAGAAAUUCAACCCAUUCUGUGGAGGUUAAUCCCGGAGUUAGACACUUACAGCAGCCAAAGCAUAUUAACAACAUUUCCCAGGCUCCAAGGGACAUUCAAGACCCAAACAGGUACCUUCCACUGAAAGAGGAAAUGUAUGGCCUUUCCCGUAUUCCCGAACAUCUAAUGCAUAUUUACAAUCAACCAAUUGCUAUUCUUCAAACUUCUGACCUUUUCCACUCACCAGAACAAUUGCAUGCUGCUAAAUCAGCAACUUUGCCAAGAAAAGGGCAGUUGGUCUAUAGCCCCAUGAUGGAACCCAUGAAUCGAGAAAGCUACAUGCAAACAUUACCCAAAAUGCCAGGACACUCUCAUCCACAGCCUUCUGUCUGCAGAGAGGAACAAAAUACCUUAGAUGGUGAACAGGGCUUACCCUCUCAAACAUCAAACUGGAGCCGGUACACUAACAGUUUGCUAGAAUCUGUCUCUGUUCCAGGCACACUGAAUGAAGCAGUUGUAAUGACUCCAUUUUCAUCUGAACUUCAAGGUAUUUCAGAACAAACGUUGCUGGAACUCUCUAAAGGGAAACCAUCGCCGCACCCUCGAGCGUGGUUUGUGUCCCUAGAUGGCAAACCAAUAGCUCAGGUGAGGCAUUCCUUUAUAGAUCUGAAAAAGGGCAGAAAAACAGAGAGCAAUGAUACCAGUCUGGACUCUGGUGUGGAUAUGAAUGAGCAUCAUCCCGGUAGGAAAUUGGAAAGAGAGAAAACUUUCAUUAAAAGUAUGCCUCAUUCUAAGAUCCUUUACUUGGAAGAUCUGGAUUUGAGUAGUAGUGAAAGUGGGACCACUGUUUGCACUCCAGAGGACCAGGCUGUGAGACACAUUCUGGAUGGAGGAAAUGGGCCCGACACAGAACAACACGAUGAGGAAAGUCUGAGAAGAAAAGCUGUAACAGGAAAUCGUGAGUCUAGCAUCCCUCUGGCUAAAAAAAGGGAGAGACUAUCUAUCACAAAAAGAGAUAGCCAAACUAAUAUUUGGAAGAAGAGAGAGGAGAGACCACUUAUUCCUAUAAACUAAAACACAUGUGCUUUGUGUUGUUGCUCUUCCUGCUGGUUAAUGCUCUCUGGGUUUCAUGUGUCGUUUUGCAGUGCUGGGUUUACAAUAGAAACAUUGUUUUCUAGUGUCAAGACAAGUUACAUUUUUUUUAUAUGCAGACUGAGUUACUAUAACUUCAACUGAGCAAUUGAUAUUCAAUGUGAUUUGUUAUCAGAGAAACAUUAUGGUUAAAAUUUUCCAGUUCCUAAUUUCAGUGGCAUUGUAGGGAAGGGACACAAUUUACUUAGCCUGUUGUUCUUGGAUGCAUCUUUUGGAAUGCAUAGUGAGAAAUGUAGGCACAUCUUUUAAUUUUUUUAUACUUGUUGCUAAUAUGUUGGUAGGGUGGUUAAUGCCAUUCCCCAGCCUUGUUCCUAAUAAAUGUGACCAUCUGUACAGUAUUUUAUAUGUGACCUUUUGUAGGAAUAUGUCACUACUUCUUUGUAUGAAGUUUCAUAAAUUAGUCUCAAGACACCAGCAGAUGAGCUCUGGUGGAUUUAUCCACAAGCUCCAUGGCAGAACUGCCCUCUCUCUUUGUGCCCGGCAGAAGAUACAAAGUGCACGAGUUCUGUGGCCUCUCUUCCCCCAAGUCCCUGCUGUCUUAACUUAAAACAUUGUCCAUUUCAGUUUAACCUGCUUUGUUGUGAAUGGUAGAUGUUGAAGAUCGGCACCUGCUGUGAAGCAUCUGCCUUCACAGAAGAGGACUGGUGCUGGGAGCAUUUUAAGCUGCUGCUGCUACUGCUUCCGGUGGGCAUGUUUUCACUUCAUUAGCAGAAAUAACCUGCUCUUCUGCAUGCUGUGGAGCCAGCUGUGCUCUGAAUCAUAGUGUUUUACUCCUGCAGGUUUGUAAAUUUAAGGUAGAAUCUGACCCGUAAUGAAAAAGUAUGCAAGUUUAGACAAAUAAUGCUUUUCAAGAUCAUCAGAGGUUUAUUUGCCUGUUUUGCCAGCCUGAGCUGUUUUUGUCCUAGGCUGUGCAUCGCAAAGAGGUUAGAAAGACUUUUAAAAUUUUUUAAUUUUCUUUUUUUUUUUUAAAUGAGCAUGAGGAAGGGGAUCUCUAAACUUUGUAUACAGUAUAAGUACUUCUUGACUCAUCUUGGAGUUAAAUUGUUACCAAAAGUCAUAAAUGCAUGAUAUGUAACUAUGGUAUGUAUAGCGGAAGGAAAAGGCCAUCAGAAUAUAUUCUUUAUUUUUAAUGUUCAUCUUGUCAAAGUGAUAGGUUCAGCUUUGGCUAACAGAAAAGUAGACACGCUCCUUACUGUGCUUCAUACAGUAGACCAUAUUUGCUCUACUGUGGCUUUUGGGCUACUUUCCUGGUGAAAUAAGUCCCGGCAUUUGGGGUUUGACCRGUGGAUUAUAAAUCAUCAGGCGCAGUCUGUGGUUUGCCCAGCUGUGCUGAUGUCCCUGCCUCUUACUUACCAGGCUGCUCUCUGUGCCCACACUUCAGAAUUUCUUUCCACAGAAAAAUAGGGUAUGCAAGGAGAAGGUGCCUGUCUCUGUCCUGGCCAGACCUGCCAUCAGGAUGUGACCAAGGGCGGCACCCAGGAGGGGGAAAUACCCUAUGCAGCUGGGGGCCCUAGAGCUCUUGCUCAGGAAAUGCUGCUGCUAAAAAAAGGUCUCUUCUGGCGGUGUCUGGCACCGCUCUGAGAAUAUGCAGAGUUACCUGAAUGGUAACAGCAAGACAUCCACGUCCCUGCCUUUCUUCUGGAAUGCAAUUGCUUUGRGAACAAAAUACAAUAUUCCUGUUGCUUUCACAAGUGUGAAGGUGCUUCAAAGUACKUUUGAGAGGUGUGUAGCUAAAUAUKUAARUUUGUUUUGCCAAAAGAAAGAAUCUAGUUUAAUCAUACAAUCUUCAGAGGUAAAGAUGGCUUGCUGUAUUAGUAUGCCUUUGGUACUGGUUUUUAGGUAACUCCCUCAUUCCUCUACAAAACAUAUUUUUUCAAUAGAUAUUCAGUUCCAAUUUAGAGCCCCUUAGAGUGAUGUUUUUAUCCUUUGCUUUGUUACAUAUAUUAGGAGUCUGUUAAAUUUUGAAUACAGGCAAACGUUUCAUCCCAGAGAUCAUUUGACUUUGCUCUGCUCUUACARUUGCAUCACUUCUGAGGAGACCCUUCUCAAAAAAAGGAAUGCUAUUUGUUCUUCAAAACAAGCAGAAAAUUGCUGUCAAGCCAAACGGUUUUGAGAUACCAGUCAAUCUUAAAUGGAUCUCUCUAUUUUUGUUCACUUACAGCAGUGAAAAUAUGCUGCAGAUUCUGUGUGGUUUUGAUGUGAUGUUUCAUUAGACCAACCAAAAAGAGGUAAUUCCUCAAGCUUACUUGUGUCAUUAAAAAAUGAAGGCAACAGGAGAAGACUUACAUACAUGUAAGUUCAAAAGAAUGAAUUUUUGCACCCCUUGUACCCAUUUUGCCUCCAAGUAGGCAUUCGUUCACCAAAGGAUUAGCAACGUUGCAAAGUUCAGCUGCAGGAGGGGGACUUGGGAAUUGCCCUGCCUGGAGAUGCACCCYGUGGGGCAGGUGCCUGGCACAGAGCAGAGCGGCUGUCAGGUUUGUGCCCUCCAUCUAAAUGAGAUCUUGGCCGUCUGCAUUCAGUCACGGUGUGACCCUGUGCGGAUGGUGGUACGAAAUGUGCCCUUUAAAGGUCAUGGGUAAGUAAGGGACACUUCAGCUUUUAGCCAGCUCAGAAGUCGGAAGGAAUGRGCCUUAGAAGAGCUGCUUGCUGCUAGGCUUCUCAGGAGGAGGAAGAAAAAUAGAGUAGGACUUUCUGAAAAACAGGCAUCUUCAGACAUCCCCAGCAGUGACCUCUCCAUACAAAACGCCAAGCGUGUGCUGGCAGGUCCCGAAGCAGCGCUGGGCUUCGGCAGCACUCUCACCUCAGGACCUUGCCKGGGGGUUUGUAUCUCGGCUAGAACUUUGCUUCUCCCUUAGCUAAUGGGGCACAAGCAUUUCCUUUAGCAAAGCAAUUGAAGUGUCCAGGGAUUAAAUUCUCAAAUAGCUAGUUUCUGGGAAGUGUAUGCUGCAGUUCUUGCCAUACUGUUUUUAAGACUGCCUUCAUUGCCAGCUGUUGUUUCUAUGUAGGCCAGUCAAGUAUUUGCAUUCUUUGUAGAUCCCAUUCGCUAACUCUUCUGCGUGAAAUUCAAUAGUUCGCCACACCAUGACUUAGGCUGGCAAUAAAGUUUAGUUCUGUAUUUAAAGUGAAUACAUACCUAUGUUUUCUGUGUCAGAAUAAGGRAAACUUGUCUGUAGAGCAGAAUUACUGGCUACAGUUGUAUCAGGGAGCACAAAUGCUGUGUGAAAAUGGUUGAAACCCCUAAGCACACC